AUUUGCUCUUGCUUAACUUACCCAAAGAUGUCUUACAACACUUCUCUUAUCAGCCCAAGUCCUAGAGAGGAUCCCAAGGGUGGCAGUUUCUUGGAGGAAAGCAGUGGUGGGGGUGAUGACAGCAAUGUCCUGGGAGGGGACAGCCCGGUCACAGGGCCGCUGGGUGCGGUGCUGCUGGUCAUGUGCCUCACUGGGAUGGUGGGGAACGUCUACACAGUGGCAGUGGCCUCUGGCAGGGUGGCAGGCUGCUCAGCAGGCUCCUUGGGGGUCUACAUGAUCAACCUUGCCCUGGCUGACCUCCUGUACCUCUCCACCAUCCCCUUUGUGGUUUGCACCUAUUUUGCCCAUGACUGGUUCUUUGGGGAUGUGGGUUGCAGGCUUUUGCUCAGCCUGGACCUCCUCACCAUGCACGCCAGCAUCUUCCUUCUGACCGCCAUGAGCCUGGAGAGGUACUGGGCAGUGGCCAAGCCUCUGCGGGCCCGGCGGGCCAGCAAUGCCUGCCGUAGGCUGGCCAGCGCCAUCCUCUGGCUCCUCUCGCUCCUGCUCACGGCCCCCAUGAUGGCGAUGACUCAGCUGCGGGAGGGGGACGGCCCCCGCAAGCGCAUCUGUGUGCCCACCUGGACACCAGCAGCUUUCCGGCUCUACCUGACGGUGCUGUUCGGCACCGGCAUCCUGGCACCCGGCGCCGUGCUGGGCAUCGUCUACGCCCGCCUGGCCCGCGCGUACCGCUCCUCGGCCUGGGGCCUGGGGCUGCCGCUGCCCGGCCGGGUCCCUGCCCGGCGGCUCCUCUGCAGGAUCUCUGCCAUCGUGGCGGCCUACUGGGCCUGCUUCCUCCCCUUCUGGGCCUGGCAGCUGGCCAGGCUGUACCAGGGAGAGGGGCUGGGCAUCGGCCCCACCGCCCAGGCCUACCUUAACUUUGGUGUCACCUGCCUGGCCUAUGGCAACAGCUGUGUCAACCCCUUCCUGUACACCCUGCUUGCCAGCAGCCACCGCCGUGGCCAUGGCCGUGCUGGGACGGACAUGGCAUGGCCUGCAGCGCCCUCGCAGCAGCUGCAGAGAGCCACAGCAUCCCCCUGGCUUUCAGAGAGCUCUCAGGGUCUGUGA